AUGAUAAUUCUUAAAUUUUUAUUUUUUAUUCAUAUUUUUAUUAUAUAUGUAAAUAGUAUGAAUCCCAUAAAAAGAGGAAACGAAAAUUUUCCUGUUAAUAAUAUAACAGAAGAAACAGACAAUUUUGAUUCAGAAUAUCCUUCAUUUAAUGUUCAUUAUAAUUUUGAGCCAAAAGAUUGGAAAGAUAUUGAAUUAAUAAAUAAAAAAAAUAAUGAUAUUUUAAAUGAUAUAAAAAAUGAAAUAGUAAAAAUGAAAGAAGAUAAAUUGAAAAUAAAUUAUGUACUAAAUAUUCAAAAACAGCAACUAGAAGAACUAAUUUUUUUAAUUAAUUAUAUAUAUUCUAAUAAAGUUAAAAAUAUAGUAGAAAUGCCUCAAUAUUUAAGAAGUGGCAAUUUUGAUAGUUAUAAAUUAAAUAAUAACAAAAUAGAAGAGACUUACAAUGAGAUUAAUAAUAAUAUAAUGAAUAAAUCUAAAUUUAUUGAAAAAAAAAACUUUUAUUUUAACUUAGCAGAACAAUGGAUAACAUAA